AUGGACGUCACAUCCAAAGACCUCUUCGUGCGCGGCCUGCACGUCACACAACUUCUCCUCAGUCUCUACGGUGCCAGCGUCUCAUACGUUGCCGUCACCAAGCUCCAGCAAUACGAAGAGACGUCCAAGAAGUUGGCAGAAUGGUCCAAUACAGCUGCGCAUGAAUUGCACAAGACGAGGACGACGCAGACGUCUGGUGCUUUGGCCAUCAUAGCAUCAGUCCUCGCCUCUUCCACCCUGGCAUUCUUCCCAACUGUCCUGCCUAAUUGGGCACGCAUCGGUCUCUCGCCAGCACUCCUCGUCGGUGUCCUCUUCGCUCGUGGCCACAUCAAGAACUACUGGACGCCUCGCGAUGCAAAAAAUGCCACUCGCAUCCCUCUCCCCAAAAUGGGUGAAUACAACGUGGCUCUCCAACAGACCGAGCUCCUCUUGCACAUUCUUGAGUUCCUGGAGUACACUUGGGUGGCGACUGCGUUCGUGAACGGCAUGGUAGGAUAG